GGAGGAUGUCACAGAUCACAGUCCAUUCAAGGGAGAUGACCGUCUUUGUUUUUUUUCGCAAGUGUUUGAACAUCUGGAGAGGCUCGUUCAUUACAUUUAUGAAAUACUGCAUUACAUUUUGAGAAACCAGGAACGUACUCGACGAUAUUGAGAAAGGAGACUUUUCACCAGACGGAGACCUAUCAGUGACAAGACGAGGGUGACCAAGAGCUUUCCUAUGGUGGCCAGCCAACAGCUGGCCAUGGGCAACGGUUCAAUCAAAGCCCCACGGCCAGAGGACAGAUGCCUGGCCUUCAGCCUCAAGGUGGAGCCUCAGGGCAGCCCAGUGUGGGACACGGAGCCCCUGAGGCUCAGGAUAGCCCACCUGGAAGAGGAGCUGGCCCAGAGGGACCAGGAGUUUAAAGCCCAGGAGCUGCAGCUGCAAAGCCUGCAGAGAGAGCUGGAGGCUAAAGUCUCCCAUAUAGAAAAGCUCCAGGAUGCCAUCGGCUACAACAGCCUGGGCCGCUCCACUCCGGCUCCCAACUACCCCAGCCACCGCAUGCUCAGUGUCAUCAACCAGGGUCCCACCCGCUUCCACAGGGUGGCCGUGGAGGUCCACUGCAGGCUCAAGGCCAAGGAGGGCGUGUCGGCUGAGCCCACCUCAGGGCACUUCUGCGGGGGUUUCAGAGCCCAACAUGUGUCCAUAGAGAGGGCCCGUGUCCGCAAGGACUCCAGCACCAAGAAGCUAAUCAAUGACGCCAUCAUGAACAAUGACUUCCUGAAGAAGCUGGAUCCGCAGCACCUGAGGGAGAUGGUGGACUGCAUGUAUGAGAGGAUCUACACUGAUGGCCAACUGGUCAUCCACGAGGGAGAACCAGGGAACUACCUCUAUGUGCUGGCAGAUGGCCUGCUAAAGGUCACGCAGAAUGGCAAAUUGCUUGGAGAGAUGCGUCCCAGGACUGCCUUUGGAGAGUUGGCUAUAUUGUACAACUGUAAGAGAACUGCUACAGUGAAAGCUGUAUCCCAGGCUCAUAUCUGGGCUCUGGACCGUCAGACCUUCCAGAGUAUUAUGAUGAAGUCUACACAGGCCACACAAGAAGAGUACUUCAGCUUCCUACGCAGUGUAUCUCUGCUGAGAGACCUGCCAGGGGAGAAGCUUUCUAAAAUCGUUGACUGUCUGGAAAUUGACUAUUUUGAUAAAGGAGAGUAUAUCAUUCGGGAGGGCGAAGAAGGGAACACUUUCUUCAUUAUAGCUAGAGGAGAGGUGUGUGUCACCCAGACCAUGGAGGGAUGUACUGAGCCGCGGGAGAUAAAGACGCUGGGUGUGGGCGACUACUUUGGAGAAAAAGCCCUCAUAAGUGAGGAUGUGCGUUCAGCAAACAUCAUCUCUACUGAGAAUGACACACAGUGCUUGGUGGUGGACAGAGACAACUUCAACCAGAUGGUGGGCACUUAUGAGGAACUGCAGGUGUACCUGAAGGAUUAUGUCGAAGAGCUCUCCCGAUGUGACGAGAGGAGAAAUGCACUGCCCCAUACCCCCGUUAUCGACUCGUCCCCAGAGGCCCAGGAAGUGCAUCGGCUCAGGGAGAGGAUUGCUGUCCUCCCCACCCAUGACCCCUUCCAGGACCUGGAGAUCAUAGCCACACUGGGCAUGGGUGGGUUCGGCCGAGUAGAGCUGGUGAAACUGAGAGAUGAAGACACCACAUUUGCUCUGAAGUGUAUUAAAAAGAAGCACAUUUUGGACACGAGACAACAGGAGCACAUCUACUCUGAGAGGAACAUCCUUCAGCUGACCAAGUCACACUUCAUAGUCAGGUUGUUUCGGACAUUCCGAGAUGACAGGUAUGUGUACUUGCUACUGGAAGUCUGCCUGGGUGGUGAGCUGUGGAGUGUACUACGAGACAUGAGUUUCUUUGAGGAGCAGACAGCCCGCUUCUGCAUUGCCUGUGUCCUGGAAGCCUUUGACUACCUCCACGCCAGGGGAAUCAUCUACAGAGACCUGAAACCGGAAAACCUACUACUGGAUGCAGAAGGCUAUGUCAAAAUGGCUGACUUUGGUUUUGCUAAGAGGAUAGGCCUGGGGAAGAAGACAUGGACAUUCUGUGGGACCCCAGAGUAUGUGGCCCCAGAGGUCAUCAUGAACAAGGGCCAUGACUUUGGAGCUGACUGCUGGUCUCUAGGGAUCCUCAUCUUUGAGCUGCUGACUGGCAGCCCACCAUUUUCUGAAACUGACCCUAUAAAGAUCUACACCAUGGUCCUCCACGGGAUUGAAAAGGUUGACUUCCCCGAGAGGAUCAGCAAGCGCCCCGAUGACCUCAUCAGGAGACUCUGCAAGCUCAACCCUGUGGAUAGGCUUGGUAAUAAGAAGAACGGAAUCAUCGACAUUAAGAAACACAAGUGGUUCCAGGGCUUCAACGGGGAGGGGCUGAGAUGCCAGAAGCUAAUAUCCCCACUGAAGAGAGAACUGAAGGGGCCGAUGGACCACAGCCACUUUGACAUCUUUCCCCCAGAGCUGGAGGAGCCUCCAGAUGAGCUGUCAGGCUGGGACAAGGACUUCUGAGGUGCCCUUUUGAGCCUCUACUCCGCACAGCCAUGUCUCCAGACAGGUGGUGUCACUCUACUACCUGUCGCUGGUGUUCCACUACUGCAGUGAGCUGUGCUAUCUGACCUAAGACAAUAGACACCACAGAAGCAGCCUCGACUGAAUACUGUAAUCCCAUCUCUUCCCUGCGGUUGCCAUACUUGCCAUAUAUUUGACAUCAUGAGUGCCUGGCUGUUGCUGCCUUGCAGACGAGAAGAUCGCCUUUUUUUGGCUCUUGGCCGGAGGAACAGUGUGUGAAGUGUCCCUUGAAACUCUCAUGAGACAGCAAGGACUUUCAUCAAGUGAUUGAUUAACUUUGAGUGUCAAAAACACUAAUCUCAUUCAAAUUCUUUCCCUCAGACAGAAACCCUUGGGACAAUGGAAGUAAAUAAAAAAGCUUCUUGAUUGUUACAAUUAAAAACCAAUGCAUUUUGGCUUUUGGAAUUCUUCAGGGUUUUUAACAAAAGCAAAGAAGUAAUGAGGGUUUUAUACAGUACAUUUCAAAAUGGCCUACUAUGGACAAAUCACUAUAAGAAAACAUACUGACCAAUUGUCCUUGACACAUUACACACAAUACAUAUUACAGUCACACAUUAUUUGCAUAGUCCGGAUCCGAAUAGUCCAUCUGUAGAUGCUCUACAGAUGGUCAUAUUAUGAACAGACAGACACAUUAUCAUAUG